GCCAAUUGAAUGAACGCGAGACAUGCCUCGGGGAUGGUUUAGGAGUCGCACAAUAUCGUACGUACGAUCAUACCCAUAGACUCGGGCUGAUUCUGGCGUUUAUUUAAUCUGCACGGAUUACGAAGGCUACAAUCGGCGGAAACUCGUUCUCCUCGGGAUGUGUCUAAGUAAACAGGACAGGUUUGUUGAGAAGGAACGGCUGACACCGUUGGGUGGAAUUUCACGACCCGUGUAGGCAUACACCAGGUCCUCCUCGCAACAAGAUUCGGAAGCACAGCCACGGCGUAGCGUGGCAUUCAGCGCUCUACCACGAGUCGGUUCUACACGCCUGACCGAGGAACACUGCUAAAUGGAAGAUAUACGCAUUUAAUCAAGUCAGCACACCUUCGCGGGACGCGACUGAGAGAUUCUACGGAGAAGACCAACUGGCACAGCAGCGCAUAAUAGCCUCGUCAAAAUGUUAUACCUUUGUAAGGAUAUCAGUGGAAACCGAUCAGCAGUGCGCGGUUGGCUCUGCCUUCUCCCUGGUUCUUUGGUAGCAUUCUAAGUACUGGGCGGUCUGUGGGAACGAAGCGUAGUAGACGGCCUGUCAUCGGGGCUGAAUUCUAAUUUAAAAUUCAGGACACGGAGCAAGAAGAGCCGUCAAGAAGCUCCAGGUCUGUUAUCACCAGCACAAGGUAACUAAUCUCCCGUGAGAAUAGCAGUGAUACCGACACGAUACGAUAGACGCGAGAGGGCGUUACACCUACGCGUACACGCUGUGCUGCCACACACACACACACGAUAUAGAAGAAGACAGAGAAAGGAGGCGUAUAUAUGGAACACACAUUACGGCGGACAGAUGACAGGACCAUGCGAGGCAGCAGCCUGUGACAACUCAUGCUCGAGGUGUACCUGUGAUUCAUAGUAGCGGCGACGACGCAUCAGCAAAAUACGACAUGUUGGGAAUGAAGGUGGAACGAUACCAGAAAGUCAUCUACGCGAUCAAUGGCCUCCUAGCCGCCUGCGUCAUCAUAUUUGUCAUCGUCUCCAUAUGGCUUCUCAAGGACAGUCACAUGACCCUGAUUCCAGUAAAGUUCUCCGAUGCGAGCUUCAUCUAUGCGUACUAUGCUUUGAUCGUACAGGCUGGGGUUGUUCAAGCGCUCGGCUGCUACGCAACAUACAGACUCAAGAAGAAGCUGCUAUAUGUGUUCUGGUUCUGGCUGUUACUGCUGUUAAUUGGUGACAUUGUUGUUGGAUUAAUUUGGGUUCUAAGAUUUAACGCGUUAUCUGCGAGCCUUCCACAAUCUUUGCUGGAUGAUUUGCAAUCGGAGUAUGGCCAAGUGGGCCGUUCAACUCGUGCGUGGGAUGAUGUGCAAAGCAAUGACCAAUGCUGUGGUGUGAACGGACCAAUGGAUUAUCAAGAUUCAAGUUGGUUCAAAAAUGUGGCGUCGACCCAACCAGCAGCUUUGAGCAUGCAGGUGCUGCCAUCUAGUUGUUGCAAAAUCAACUCUAACUCGAAGGUUGUGCUAAACCCCAUCUGCAUGCAGAGCUACGACAACGUAUUCAUCUACAAACAAGGAUGCAAGAAAAGUGUCGCAUCUUGGUUGCAAAGUACGGCCAAUAAGAUGUUUUUACUCGGCUAUUGUUUGAUAGCCUUCUUCAAGGCCGUCUCCCUUGCAAUACUCUGGCGAGAGAUAAGAAAACUCGGACGAAAACUGCAGAAAAUGUGGCGAUAUUCGCAGUCCAACCUCACCAGCGCCGAUGAGAGCUGUAUUGAGAGAGCUACCAAUGACGAUUGCGAGAACGAGGGCGAGAUAAACCAAGGUGCCGAGAUUGCUGUGGAAAGAGAAGUGGAGACGGAUGAGACUGAACUUAACCAGGGUGUGAAGCCGGUAUAUGGAAGUAGCAGUGAACACCAACAAUGGCAGCAACAGCAGCAACGGUUUCUUCAGCAACGACGGAUGCGGCGCUCGAUCUCCUUGGUAGAUCUUACUGAAUCUGGCAUUUCAGUUAAGGAGGUGUGUGCGGAGAGUGUACCUAAGUCUACUGGAAAGAUCACCACUUCCUCGCAGCAGAGUCGACCUCGUGCGUUGAACACUAACGUAGUUUCAAUCGCGCAUGCGCAAAAUGAGCCGGGCCAGAGAAGACCGCACCUUCUCAUUGCGACUGUGCACCAGCGCGGUGUGCGCUCAAGAAGAUCACUGAAUUUUGACAGCAGCGCAAGGCACCGGUUUAAACCAGCCGAUAUAGAUCUUUUCAAAGAAAUCAUGCACCGAAAGAUGGCUGAUAAAUUACACAAAGGCGAGACGCCGGCUGACAACCCGAUAGAGACAGGUAGUGCCGAUCUCACCGUCAAACAUAAAGCGCAUUACACGAGCAACGUGGGCGACGUGACCGGGCGUCCGCCGAUAGAGGCAAUUAAUAUGCAGCUACUGAACAGUCAAGUACCUAAGCAGCGCAAUAUCGCCACGUCUGGCAACAACUUUGUGUACAAGAAGUGCGACGAUAUUCCACACGUUGCAUCGGUGCAUGCUAACGAAUCGGCACAGAUGCAUCACGGCCGUCAGGGUCAGCUGCUGCCGGCUCCCGGCCGCAAUUCGUCGCCGGUUACUGUGCAGCACGUUAGGAGUGCUCGGGGGUUUACCCCACAAAAGCCGGGCAGCGGACAGAGCAAGGGGAUGCACCCCGACACAGACGCAGCGAGGCGGGGCUUGGCUGUCGGUGUCGAACCGAGCAGGCUGCCUUUGGUAGCGAAUACGGACAGUGAGGAAUCUCCCCCGUCGCUGGAGAGGUCGCUGGAGAGGUCGGGGCGAGAAGCGCUCCAGCAGCGGCAAAUGAUGGACAGAGCGCAAUCUAGACUGGCGACGCCGUCGUCUAGACGACUCUCGUCUGCACAGCAAUCGCAAAACGCUACCCAGUGCGGCAGUUUCUCCCAGGAGGACAUAACUGAGAAGGAAAUCAAAACAAAACUGAACAAUGCGAAAGCGAUGCUAGAAAAUCAAACAUCUAACAGCCGCGCCGGCAGCGCACACGAGUUGCAAAGCUGUGAUGCUGCGCGCCCUCUGGUGGAAGAACAGAGCGGGCGUGCGCGUAAUUGCUUAAGUGACAAUAGAACUUGUGAAAGCAUAAACGUCGCUUUAAUACGAAAUAAGAACCGAGGAAGUAGAAGCCAUAUCAAACAUGAACAAGUGCAUAGUACGAUGCGAGAUACUGAGAUAUUUACGAUAAGUUGAAGAGACUUGUUUGAAAUCGAUCUAGUAGGAUAUAGUCGUUUAAUCUGUAACAUUAACUGUGUUAUCGAUAUAUACGUUACAAAUCUGUCAGUAGUAAAAUUCAUGUAAUAAAAUAGACUGAAAGUUCUUUUCAUAGAUGCUUAGUAUAUCAACAUCUAUCUGUUAUUAAAUAAAAAACAUCUUGAUUUCCAAAUUAUAAAUUA